AUGUUACUGUCCACACGUUAUCUGUGCAGGGCAUAUUCAAUUACCUCUACCAACCAAGUGUUAAAGGUCAAAGAACGAUUAGCUCAAUCCCAAUGGAGUAAUACUGAUUACUGUAUAUCUGGAUAUCCAGCUACUCAACUUUAUUGGCUACUAAAAUCAAGCCUGUCGAGAAAUACGCCAGGGAGACAAAAGCUUGGAAAUGUGUUAGAUCCGUUGCAUUCCACAUUGAAAGGAGAAGGAGAGUUUAAAAGGGGUAAUCAAGUUCCGUUUGGCUACCACUUCUUGUAUUGUAAUCCACUAUCUACAGAUAAAGAGUUAGGUCUAGACGGCUAUGAUAAUUAUGCAUCCCCAGCAGAAUUUACCACUGAUGGAACAGUUGCAGGUCAACUUUUCAGGAGGAGAAUGUGGGUCGGUGGAAGCAUUUUAAAUAGUGGAAUCCCAUUUUCGGUUGGCGAAGAGGUUACGCUAACAGAAAGGGUAAAACGAAUGAAAUGUCUGGGUAAGGAUCCUUCAAGUUUAGAUUUUAAAUCAAUGACUACAACCAGAAGGGAGUUUCGAAACGGUCAUAAAGCACUUAUGAUGGUGGAGGAAAGGAAACUUGUGUUCUUCAACGACCAAUUCCGUUCCACUAUCCACGAAAAUACGUUGGAUUUACCCACUCCUCAAUUUCGGCAUGUUUUCACACCAUCAUUGUUCUCAAAUAUAAAAUACAGCUCAUUGAUUAGUAACACUCAUAAAAUACAUUAUGAUGCGCGGUAUGCUCAAGAUGAAGGAUAUCCAGAUGUUUUGGUAAGUGGUCCCUUCAUUGUAAAUCUUUGUCUUCAUUAUUUUUCAAACGUUGCAAGCAAUUUGACGAUAAAGGAGUUCAAGUACAAAAAUAUAAGUCCGAUGUUUCCUGGUAAAGAGUACCAAAUAUGUCUUGCCAAGGAUGAAGAUAGGAAGUAUCAAAUAUGGAUUCAAAGCCCCAAAGGUGGUUUAGUUGUGUUUUUCCAUGGUACACUCACCUUGGAAGGUGUCGAUAACAUUGCUUCUCAACAAUAG